GAAAUGUGUUCGUGCCCUUGAUCGCAAUCAUCAUCGCAAAACGGCUACCCGUCAUUUGUGAAUUGUCUCAAGACAAUCAACCUGCUGAUUUUCACACCUCAAAUUCCUACCAGAUUCAAUUCACGAAUUGCGCAUUGCGGCCAUGCUUUCCUCUCUCCAGAAUCCCCGCCAGGCAGCGGCUCAAGUGCUGAAUUUCGCCCUCAUUCUUUCCACGGCGUUCAUGAUGUGGAAAGGUCUCUCAGUAGCGUCGGAUUCUCCGUCGCCAAUUGUUGUCGUUUUGUCUGGCUCCAUGGAACCUGCAUUCCAGCGUGGAGAUCUCUUGUUUUUAUGGAAUAGGAAUUUACUGGAAGAGACAAAGGUUGGGGAAAUUGUGGUUUACAAUGUCAAGGGAAAGGAUAUCCCUAUUGUGCAUCGAUUGGUUAGAAAGUUUGGUGCAGGGCCCAAGGCAAAGUUAUUGACAAAGGGAGACAACAAUGUGGCAGAUGAUACAGAACUAUAUGCGCGUGGACAAGAUUAUAUUGAGAGGGAAGAUAUCAUCGGCAGUGUAGUGGGAUAUAUACCAUUUGUGGGAUAUGUUACUAUCUUACUCAGUGAGCAUCCUUGGCUUAAGACUGUUAUGUUGGGAAUGAUGGGUUUGGUUGUGGUUCUGCAGAGAGAAUAACCAAGGGAAUAGCUGGAUUUAGGAGGGCAUUAAGAGAAAGAGGAUACCCCAGAUUUACAUGAUCUGAAAGAGCCGACGCACAUGUACUUGUGAAGAUGUUUUGCUGUCAAGAUCGUGAAGUGAUAGAUAUGAAGCUGGGCUCGUGAGAUGAAAUGUGCGAGAUCUGGAGAACGUUGAAGUUCCCUACUCUGUGGACUCUGGUUUACAUCUACCAAGUUCCAUCGGGUAGGAUUUAAAGAAUGGAUAAAGACAAAGAUAUGGAGACUUUUACCUAGGUACCUUGUCAAAGGCAAUUCUUGGCUGCUAACUUUCACCGAGAUUUGUACAAUACAAAACAAUACCAUGCAAUACAAAACUGUUCGAACCCA